AUGGCUGCUCCCCUAGGCCCAGCAGCCUCCCCCGCCGACCCAGGCUCCCUCCUCCAAAACCCCCUCCCACCACGACACCGCCGAGAAGACCUCCCCCUAAUCAAAGAAGCGAACAAGUUCACCCACUCCCUCCGCAUCUGGCUCGUCUUCCUCGUCCUCUGCCUCCUCUCCUUCAUCUCCGCCAUCGACGCAACAAUCAUCACCACCUCCCUCCCGACGAUAACCCACUCCCUCAACCACGGCUCCCCAGCUUCCAGCAACGACUACGUCUGGAUAGCCAACACCUACCUCUUCGCCUCCACCGCCCCCCAGCCCUUCUUCGGGCAGAUAUCCAACAUUUUCGGCCGUCGCAACCCGAUGCUCGUCUCCAUCGCCUUGUUCGCCCUCGGGUCAGGCAUCGCCGGUGGAGCGAGCAGCGUUGCCAUGCUCAUCGCGGGAAGAACAGUCCAAGGGCUCGGAACGGGGGGGUUGUACGUCCUGAGCGAUAUCAUCAUCUGUGACAUGAUCCCCCCCAGGCAUCGAGGGCCGUAUCUAAGUGCUGUCUUGAGCACCGCUGCUAUUGGGACCACCAUCGGCCCCAUCAUAGGAGGUGCGCUGGCGAGGGCGGAUUGGAGGUGGAUCUUCUGGCUCAACCUUCCUGUUUCUGCUGUUGGGUUCGUUGUUGUUUUGUUGCUUCUCCGGGUGAGGUAUCAGAGUUUGGGGUGGGGGGAGGUGGUGAGACGGGUUGAUUGGGUGGGCAACGGGCUGUUUAUCCCCAGUAUGGUCAGCCUGUUCUUUGGGCUUAUCAUGGGGGGCACGAUGGGUUACCCUUGGAAGAGCGAAAAGGUUGUUGUUCCGAUAGUGGUGGGUGUGGCUGGGUGGGUGGCGUUUCAUGUUCAUCAGUCCGCUGAGGGGAAGAGGUGGGGUCCUGUUGAGCCGAGCAUGCCGAUGAGGUUGUUUAAACAUAGGACAUCGGCGGCCGGGUUUGUGAUUAUCUUUUUCGGGAGUGUGGUGCUGCAGGCGAUUAGCUAUUUUCUGCCCGUGUACUUCCAGGGUGUGCUCGGGGUGAGCCCGUUGACGGCAGGGGUGUACUUUUUGCCGUUUGCGCUGGCGAUCAUCCCUCUGGGGGGGGAUGACGGGACGGGGUUGUAUAUCCCUCUGCAUUUUGUCGGGUUUGCCUUCAGCGCGAUCGGGGUUGGGUUGUUCUCGUUGCUCAGUGAGAACUCGAGCACGGGGACGUGGGUUGGGUUUCAGAUUUUGGCUUCGGCGGGAACGGCUGUCAUCUUUACCGCCACGCUUCCGUCGACGCUGGCACCGCUGCAGGAGAAGGAUGUCGGCGUCGCUACGGGGACGUAUAGCUUUGUGAGGUCGUUUGGCCUGGUGUGGGGCGUCACGAUGGCGAGUAUCGUCUUCAAUGGGCAGUUCAACACACGGCUGGAGAGCAACCCAGUGUUGAGCCGGGAGCUCAAGUCUUUCCUGGCGGAUGGAGCCGCGUACGCUUUCGUGUCUGCCUCGGAGGCGGAGGGCGGGAUCCGGUCGUUGCCAGCUGACGUCCGGAGCGCGCUGAUCGGGAUUUACGUCCACGCUCUCAAUGCGGUCUGGUAUGUCAUUGUUGGCAUGGCCGGUCUAGGCUUCCUUGCCACGUUUGUUGAGAAGCAUGUGCCACUUCGAAAGGAGCACGAAACGGAGUUCGGGCUGGUGAGCAAGGGUGAAAGCUCUUCUGAUGAUGCAGCUGAAAAGGGUCAGACACCACGGGCUGCCAGCGAUGGGGAGGCGAGGACAAAGCAGUAG